CUUAUUCUCCUUUAAGUGAUCCUCUAUUGUCUCCUGAGGCUAAGCUAUGAACCACACAACAAGUAGCUUGGACGAAGGAAAAAAAAAAGCUUUGUGGUGAUUACUCACUAGCAAAAAAAAAAAUGAGAAAGAAAAAAUAUUGUUCGUGUAGAUCAAGACUGCAGAGAAAAACAAAAUAAUGUAGAAAAAGGUAUAUCUGAGCAAAACGUAAAAUUUUAGCUUGUCAACAUGGCUUUUGGUUUUCAAGUUUCAACCACUCAAUGUGGAGCGAAGCUAGGGACUCUCAUAUUUGAAGUUGGCAAAAACUUUAUGGUAUACAUUGGUAUGAUCAUCUUAUGUAGUGGUUUACAUUUUCUACUAAAGCUUUAUUCACAACCCCGAAUUACUUCUCAGAUAAUUGUAGGGUUAAUUUUGGGAAACAUAGGAUUCAUACGUAAUUUACUUACAAAAUUUCACAGGACCUUCGGAUUCAUAAUUGAUUUUGGUAUGAUGUGUUACAUGUUUGUAUUGGGGAUAGAAAUGGAUCCAUUUAUACUGUUUAAAAGACCUUCUAGAUAUGCUCAAGUUGCUUAUGGUGGCAUACUCUCAACAUUUAUUAUAGGAUUGUUGAUAACUCCAAUUACUGGAUAUUUUCUACACCAACCUAGAUUAUUAGAAUUCACCAUCUAUCUAUGCACACUUCUUUCAAGCUCUGCCUCUCCUGUGUUAACCCGUUUGAUAACUCAUCUCAAAAUAGGAAAGUCAGAUAUUGGACAACUUGUCAUUGGAGCAGGGAUGCAUUCGGAUUUUGUGUGUUCUUUACUCCUUUGUAUUGGCUACAUUAUUUCGCCAAUUCCUUUGUACUGUGAAGCUUUGAGAAAUGAGCAUGCUUUAGAAAAUCAUAAGAAGAUAAUUAAGACUCAAAUUAUCAUGGGUUUGGUAGUUUUGGGUCAGAUGAUGGUUGUAUCCCUACUAUCACCAUUAUUUAUGAAUUGGGUUAAUAAUGAAAACCCAGAAGGUAAACCCAUGAAAGGGUCACACUUGGUGCUAUCCCUUGCUUUCAUGGUUCUAAUGUGUGCUACCUCCCCUUUGUAUGGUUAUCAUCCAAUUUUAAGUGCUUUUGUGACAGGGAUUUGCUUACCAAGAGAGGGUAGACUAUCAAAAUGGGUUAUAACCAGAGUAAACUAUUUAUUGACCAUCAUAUUCCAUCCUAUCUUUUUCUUGUGGAUGGGUUAUGAAGCCGAUUUUCGCAAGUCUGAGCCUUCAAAUAUAGGAACAUGGAUAAAAUUCUUUGUACUACUAAUUGUAAGCAUGACUGGAAAAAUUGUUGGAACCAUAAUUUCUGGAGCAAUGCUUGGCUUUCAUUGGCCUGAUUCGGUUGCAAUAGGGUUGCUCCUUACCAUGAAAGGCCAUCCUCAUAUCUAUCUAGCUAUCAAAGGAAAAACUUGUGAUGUAACUAUUUCUACAUGCAUUGGGAUGAUAAUUGCAAGUUUUGUGACAAUUGUGCAAGCCCCAUAUGUUGUAGCAAAUAUAAUCAAGAGAGCAAGAAAACGGACACGUACUCAUCAGAUGGCUCUUCAACUUCUUGAUCAGUCAAAUGAGCUAAGGAUUCUCCUAUUCGUUCAUGGACCGCACAACAUUCCUGCAUCAAUCAACUUCAUGGAGAUAUCACGUGGCAACACAGACCCUGGCAUUCUAAUCUACGUUGCUGACAUGAUUGAACUUACUGAUGAACUUUCAGCCACAUUAGAAAGGGAUGAAGGGGUUCAUAUGGCAACUAUUAAAGAUAAGAAAGUCAUGGACAUGAGGGACCAAGUGACUAAUUCUUUCCAAAGCUAUGUAGCCAUCGAUGGCGAUGGAGUUACACUGAAAAGAACUCUGGCACUCUCAACCAUCAAUAACAUGCCGCAAGACAUAUGUGUUUUAGCAGAAGACUUGAUGAUUUCUCUUCUCGUACUUCCAUUCCAUAGGAUCCAACGUCAAGAUGGAACAUUGGAUGCUGGUAAUCAAGGUUUCAGAUAUGUCAAUAGAAAGGUACUAAGAAGUGCCCCUUGUUCUGUUGGAAUUCUUGUUGAUAGAGGCCUUGGAAAUAUUGAACGAAUAUCAAGAUCUGAAGUAACAAUAAAUGUGGCAGUUAUAUUCAUUGGAGGAAAAGAUGAUAGAGAAGCACUCGCUUAUGCUAGUCGUGUGUCACAACAUCCAGGAGUCAAACUUACAGUAAUAAGAUUACUAGUAGAUACUAAUGCUGAGUCUUCUAGAUUAGUAGGAUAUAUGGUGGUUAAUCCAGAGCAAGAGCAAGAGAGACAAGUAGAUGAUGAGUAUUUUGCACAAUUUUAUGAAAAUCAUGUAGUUGGAGGUCACAUUUUGUAUACGGAGAAGCAUCUAGCAAAUGCUGCCGAGACCUUUUCUACUCUAAGAUCAUUAGAAGGAUUGUAUUCGUUGGUGAUUGUGGGAAGAGAAGGUGGAGUAAACUCUAUAUUGACAAGAGGGAUGAACGACUGGCAACAGUGUCCAGAAUUGGGACCAAUAGGAGAUGUUUUGUCGGGACCUGAUUUCUCUACAACUAUGUCUGUGUUGAUCAUUCAACAACAUAGACUUAAAGGAGAAUUAGAUGGAUUGGAUGAGGACUUCUCUAUCAUGUAGGUGUUAGAUGAAUUGGUAGUGUUCUUAGCUAUAAGAAAACAAUAAAAAAUUAGAUAGGUAGUAUAAAAUUAGACACAAAUUGUAGUAAAGAAAUAGAAAAAGGAAUAGAAGUAAUAUGUAAAAAAUGAUAACAUACUAUAUAUUAUCCUAUUAAAAUAUU